UCCCGCGCGGAUAAGCCCUGAUGUUUUGCAGAGGCUCCCUUCACUCCAUUCCCCAAACCCGUCCCUGCACCAGCAUGGGAGGGCGACGUCCAGCACGGUGAGCAGCGCCUGCUUUCUGGACGCCCCGGGAGGGAAGGAUGGGGUCCCCCCAGGGGUACCGAGCUUCGUGGUGGACUUUCCUUCUGCACCAGGCGCCGCACAUCAACUUCCAGUUCGAGGCAGCGGGGAGCGAAUUUGCUCCAGAGGAUUUGGGCUACCAGCAGGCACUUCUGUUUCUGGCCAGUGUCUCGGGUUUGUGCUUUGCCAUCAGUCUAGUUCUUAUCUGCGUCUACCUGAUCCGUUUUUGCUGCUGCAGUAAUGAAGAUGAGGAGGAGACGAAGACACAAAGGGUUUGCUGUGUCACCUGGAGCUGUGUGGCUGCGGUUAUCAUCUGCUGCGCUGGGAUCGGCAUCGGUUUCUAUGGAAACAGCGAGACCAAUGAUGGAGUAUACCAGGUCACAUAUUCUUUGCUCAAUGCUAACCACACGCUAAGCUCCAUUGACAGCCUGGUCUCGGAAACUGUGGCGCUUCUUUCAGCCACAGUACGGGGAGAACUGACACAGCUUGAGGAGACACUGUCCCAGAGGACUGAACUGGUGGCUGUGGUUCGGAACACACGCCGCCAGGCUGAGGCAGUGGCACAUACCUUGGAUGGCAUCCCCUUCUGGAAAGAUGCCCGUGGAGGAGCCAGCAUCCUAGCAGAACAAGUUGGCUAUUUGGAAGACUACCGGUGGUUGGCCUACAUCUUACUGCUGCUCUUGGACCUUAUCAUCUGUCUCCUCACCUUGCUAGGACUGGCAAAGCAGAUCAAGUGGCUGGUAAUCAUGAUGACUGUCAUGAGUUUCCUGGUCCUCAUUGUCAGCUGGGGCUCCAUGGGGCUGGAGACAGCAGCAGCUGUGGGACUGAGUGAUUUCUGCUUUGAGCCAGAUGGUUACGUGAUGAACACAACCCAAGCCAGGACUGGACUUAAUCCAGAAAUCCUACAAUACUAUUUAACCUGCAGCCAAGAUAUUUUCAACCCUUUUCAGCAGAGACUCACUGUGUGUCAGAGGGCGCUAUCCAACAUACAUUCGCAGCUGUACGGAUUGGAGAGAGAAGCCAUCCCCCACUUCCCAGCAGCCGAGAAGAACAUCAUAUCCAUCCAGAGUACUUUGAAUAUCACAGAAAGUAAUUUCCAUCAUCUUGUAGCUCUCCUCAACUGCCGGGGACUUCAUAAGGACUAUGUGGAUGGCCUCAAAGGGCUGUGCUAUGAUGGCAUGGAGGGAUUGCUUUUCCUCCUCCUCUUCUCCUUCCUCUCUGCCCUUUCCUUCACCACAGCUGUCUGUAGUCUGCCCCGGGCUUGGAAGAGGUUCCAGAACAGGGACUCGGACUAUGACGACAUGGAGGAUGACGACCCUUUCACGCCCCAGGCACGUAGACCGCCAACAGUGCGCACAGGGGGGGCUGGGCCCAGCCUGCCCAGCUCCUUUGGCCACUGUUCAAGCUGGGGCAGCCGGGGCAGCCUGCGCCUUUCAGCCCCCCCCAUUUCCAACGCCCCCGUCUCACAGUACAUGAGUCAAAGCGCUUCGUACAGUGGCAGUCCUCAAUUUGAAAGCAUCCCCCUCAUUGACCGUCAUUCCCCACCCCCUUCGUAUUCUCCCAGCAUGCGAGCGUCUUAUGUCGGUGCUAGCGAAGAAGUGGUCCUCCCCUGCCAGACCAGAUUACAGUCCUAGAUGCAACCCAGAAGACCCCCAACCCAGAUGCACACCACCCCCCAACUAACACAGAGAGACCUCCCCCCCCCACCCAAACAUUUACUAGAAUACAACUUAAGUGAGCCUUUCUCACCAGGUGCCCCCUCCUCCUUCACUUGAAUCUCUUCAUUUGCCUACCUUCUCUAAGAAAGGAAAGAGAAAGGGGGAGGGGAAAAGAGACUAUUCCUUGGGCGACAUUCAGUGGAGGGGCUGAGCAGUGUGAAUACAUUAAGAGAUGUAAAUAAAGAGAGACAUGGUUGAGAGAUAGAAAGAGUGCGAGCCAUGUGAAAGGGUGAAUGGCAGAAAAUAAUUAGAAGCUGAACUACUUUCAAAAUAGAAAUGGAAGUUUACAUAUAAAGAAGCGUGUGAAAAAACCAGAGAAUGGAUGGAAAAAUACAUUUAAACACUGGAUGGGUGCACACGAUAGAUAGAUGGAAAGAGUAUAUGGAUGGUGGAGACAAAACAGCAAAAGCCAUCCAGCUAGAGAGGGAUGCUCCUGCUCUGACCGUGGGCAUGCCGGAAAAAUGGAGGACACCACUGGGUCCUACCAAGAGACUUGAGAGAAUAGGGGAAUCCAUUAGGGGCCCAGAGCUACCCAUGCUUCCCUAUCAGCCUCCUUGCUCCUAAUUAGAACCCCCCUCCCCACACUAACAAGCAUUUGGAACUUGCCCAGUUUAAAAUAAAAGGGAAACUUUAUUUUA